AUGGUCAAAAUCGGAGGAUCCAAGUCCGGUGACACCGCCGAUCAACACAAGACCCCUGUCUGCAAAGGGGACAUGGACAAAUUUAUCAAAAAAGCAGCUUCUGCUUAUGUGGCGCGGGAAAGCAAGAUGGCACCGGCCUCACCACGCGCUGCAGGCCGCCCACAGAAAGACCCGUCUGAUUCGUCUCAAGAUGCAAUGAUAGAGACAGACAACUUACCUAUCUCAAGAUCGUAUCUCAAGGAUGUUCUUACCUCCUCUCUAACAGCAGCUCUGGAGCCUCUGAGCACGGACCUCACAGCGAUCAAGCAGGACGUUCGGCAAAUCGGCAGUAGAGUCGAGGUCCUAGAGGAAUCACAAGCGGUCCUGAAAAAUAAUCACACUGUGGUCACAGAAUUUUUCCUCUUAGGAUUUCAGGUCAACCAAGAUUUAAGAAUUUUGCUCUUCUCUUUUCUACUAUGUGUUAACUGUUGUACCCUUGUUGGAAACCUACUGAUCAUCACCCUGAUCUCCACCAGUAGGACCCUCCAUACUCCAAUGUACUUCUUCAUCUCACAACUGUCCAUCGUGGACAUCUUGUUGACCACAGAUAUCACCCCCUUUAUGCUGUAUAUUCUGCUUAAAAAUGGGGCGACCAUUACUUUUAUUGACUGUAUGAUUCAGCUGUAUUUUUUCUGUGCUCUGGAAAUAUUUGAGUGUCUCCUCCUCACAGUGAUGUCUUAUGACAGAUAUGUGGCCAUCUGUAAUCCCCUCCAUUACACCUCUAUCAUGACUAAUGAAUAUUGUGUGAAACUUGUUGUUAUUUGUUGGUCGGCAGUUUUUUUAUUAGUAGUUGUUGACACUUUAACAAUAUUAAUGCUAAAGUUUUGUGGAACAAAUAUUAUUGACCAUUUUUUCUGCGAUAUUGUUCCAUUGAUAAAAGUUGCCUGUUCAGGCACUCAAUUUGUUGAAUUAGAACUUUCUGUACUUGGCCCGGCAGUACUUCUUAUACCAAUUGCAAUAAUAAUAGUGUCAUAUGUCAACAUUAUUGUCACCAUCUUAAGGAUUCCAUCUAAUAUCAGUAGACAGAAAGCCUUCUCCACCUGUAGCUCCCACCUCACUGUUGUCUCCAUAUUUUACGGGACUCUGUUCAGUGUUUAUCUUGUGCCAAAAAAAGGACAAUCAUCGACCAUCAGUAAAGUCCAAUCACUGUUUUAUACCGUGUUCACUCCUUUCAUUAAUCCUAUAAUAUACAGUUUAAGAAAUAAGGACAUAAUGAAAGCCGUGUGGGAAACAUUUUUUUUUUCUAUUUCAUUUUGA